AACAAAAGUGUUCGUGCUGGGUGCUGCACAGGCUUUGUUUUCAUCACGCCUACGGAAAAUGCUGAAGAAACUUUUCUUUUCAACGUGUGAAUAUGAAGAACACAUUGCCAAGAACACCUCUGAACCCCGUAAGGGCCCCCUGAGGAGUAACACUGGGACGCGCACGCCUGUUGGGGACACAAGUUCCCCGCCCAGCUGCCGAGGAGAGGAGAGGAUGAACUACAUUGGCAAGUUCAUAUCCAACUUCAAGGAUUUCUACAACGAGAUCAACGCCGCGACACUAACGGGUGCCAUCGACGUGGUUGUGGUGCAGCAGGAAGAUGGCACGCUGGUCAGCUCACCCUUCCACGUCCGCUUCGGCAAGAUGGGCGUCCUCAGGAGUCGGGAGAAGGUGGUUGAUAUUGAGAUUAAUGGAGAGCCUGUUGAUAUCCACAUGAAGCUUGGAGAGACAGGGGAGGCCUUCUUUGUGGAAGAGGUUGAGGAAGGUGACAAUGUAAGUCCCCUGCUGGGGACUUCACCUCUGCCCCCCCUCAAUCCUACAGAACUACCAAGGGUCUGCAGAAGACUUGAGUGCCAGCGGCAUGAUUCUGGCAUUGAUAACUCUGCUGACUCCUCUACAAGUGUACCAAAGAACAUUAAUAGUGGCAUUAGCUCUCCUGGUGAUGGGGUGGAGGAAGAGGAAACCCAGUCCCACCAGAGGACUGUAAUCCUAGAUGACAAGACCAAAGAGGAAGACUCAGAGCUUGGAGUGAUCAAGAAAGUGAAGAAAAGUGUUGAGAAGAAGGAUGUUAGGAGCAGCUAUGCCCAAACUGAUGAGUCUUUCAAAUUAUCUGAAGUUCCUAAGAAGGGAGUGAAGGAGUCUGCUUCACUCAAGAGUCCUCAGAAAUUGGGAAGGAAUGAUACUGGUUCCAGACGCAGCAGUUUGUUAGCAGAGGCGCAUGGAAGCAAGACUGAUGGAGAAGAGACUGUUAGAGUCAGUAAGAAUAAUCGACGUAAGCGUAAGAAGCGGUGCUACAACAAGAAGCAGCGUCCCAAGAGCUCAGGGAGUCAGUCCAGUGACACCUCUACCACCAGUGAGGUGGCAGACUUGUCUGCUGUGGUUCCACCAGUGGCCAAUCAAGAGGGGAUUUUUGUUAUGGAUGAUGUUGAUUCAUCUGAGAAGUCUGUUCCAAGUUCAUCUCCUCUCACCAAAAAUAUGGCACAGUCUGCAUCAAUGCCACUGUUACAUGAAAAGUCUCGGGAUGAAGCCGUGCAGGAGUGGAACAGUGCCCUGUCCAGAUCCAUGGGGCCAGACUUCCAUCCAUUCAGCGACACUGAUCUCAGUCCUCCCCCAAGUCCCUCCAACUCCCGACCACCAACACCAAUCAAGUCAGACACUGAGUAUGAGGUUGAGCGGCAAAAGGCAGACUUCAUUGAUGGUUCAUCUCAGACUGAUGAGAACAAGUGGCAGUGGACCUGGGGAGAACUGCCCACCCCUCCCCCCAAGACACCAACACGCAUGGCAGCUUCCCAUCCAGAUUCUCCACUUGUCAAGUCUAGUACUGACAAAAAUAACAUAAUUGGGAAGGAUGAAGAUGAUGAACGCUCAGUGUUGGGCAGUAUGUUUAGAUUCAUGCGGGUCACCAAGAAGGCUCGCCAUAACCCUGAGAGCGAGGGGAUUUACCUUGAUGAUCUUAACUUGGAGGAGCUGGACCCUGAAGUGGCAGCUCUGUACUUUCCUCGAAACUUCAGAGUACCUGAAAAGUCUGGUUACAGUGGCUAUCCUUCUGGAAGUACCAAGGAUGAGGAUGCUGAAUCUGGCAAUGGUCCCUCCCUCCCUCAGUCUCCACAUAGUGUAGAGGGUGCCAUUGGUGGUCCAAAAAUUUGCAGCGACUCCGACUUCGAAGAUUCAAGACAUCCUAGUUUUGAUUACAAAGGCUACCAAGACAUUGCCUUUUCAUUGUGUGGUCGCCUUAACGAAUACGAGACCGACUUCCCGGAGAGCCUCUUCUUGCAGAGCCUUGUUACCUAUGAUGACUUUUGUGAGAACCCAAACAUCCUAGACAACCCUGACCUUGUGAUAAGAUUAGGAGGGAAGUACGUGAAUUGGGCAACUGCAGCUCCUCAGAUCAUGUCUCUGGUGUUAUUCCAAAGGCCUGUUCCUCAGAAACUUGCUGAUGAUCUCAUGAAAGACAACAUGCCUAAGAAGACCAGGAAGCGCUCAGAGUCUAAGGGGUACUCAUGGUUCUCUUGGAGGCGUAACAACCAGACUGAGGAUCCCAACACCAACAAAGACAUGAAUACAGAUGUUGAGAAGAGUACCAUGCUUCCAUUACAGUCCAAGGAGCAAGAAGCCAGUCAACCAGUAGACUCAAGUCUUAUUGAGGUUACUGCAGCUGAAACUCAAACUAGCUUACCAGGAACUCCAAGGAAGCAGGGUGUUCACAAUCGUAAAGUGGGCACAGAUUCCUCUGAAUCAGAGGACUUAGAAGAAGGAAAGGAAAGAAAGUUUUCUGGAGAAAGAUACAAAAAGAGUUUGAGACUCUCAUCAGAACAACUUGUAAAGCUCAAUCUCAAAGAAGGAAGGAAUGAAGCACUGUUUUCAGUGACCACUGCUUACCAGGGAACUACUCGAUGCAAGUGCCAUAUCUUCUUGUGGAACUACAAUGCCAAGAUUGUAGUUUCAGACAUUGAUGGAACCAUCACAAAGUCAGAUGUACUUGGUCACCUCUUGCCCAUCCUUGGAAAGGAUUGGGCCCAGAGUGGUGUGGCACAGCUAUUCACCAAGAUCAAGAACAAUGGAUACAAUUUCUUGUACCUUUCAGCUAGAGCCAUAGGACAAGCACGUAUUACUAGGGAUUACCUAAGGUCUGUCAAACAGGGAGAUUUGUCCCUCCCAGAUGGGCCACUGCUGCUGAAUCCCACAUCCCUGGUGCAGGCCUUCCACCGGGAAGUAAUUGAGAAAAAACCUGAGGAAUUCAAGAUAUCAUGUCUGAGAGAUAUUCAAGCUCUUUAUCCCUCAGACAGGAAUCCGUUUUACUCAGGAUAUGGAAACAAAAUUAAUGAUGUGUGGGCUUAUCGUGCUGUUGGAAUUCCAAUAUCAAGAAUCUUUACCAUAAAUCACCGAGGGGAAUUGAAACAUGAACUGACUCAGACAUUCCAAUCCUCUUACUCCAACUUGAGUGAUAUAUCCAAUCACAUGUUCCCACCCGUGGCCCAUCAGGAGACUCUUGGGGAGUACUCCUCUCUUCAGUACUGGAGGCCUCCUAUGCCUGAUGUCUCACUUGAGAUUGAAGCCAUUCUAUCUGAAGAGCGUGGGAAAUAACAAAAUUAAAUGUUAGAUUUUGGAAAUUCUUAUGAAACUGAUGUGCAGUGGCCAAGAUUGUAGUUACAUUCCAAGAUGUCAUCUCUGUUUAGAAGGCAAUUGUACUGGUGUAUUUCAGUUUCAAGUGGUUAAGUUCAUACUUACAUAAUUUUUUGUAUAAUUAAAAUUGAGCAACCAAGUUAAAUUUCAAUCAUGAUAGCAAGCAAUCACUCUUGUUAGUUUGAAAAUGUCUGAAUUCUGCUGCCUCAGGGAACAAUGAUAAUUUAAUGUGAUAUUGCACUUAUAUCUUGCUGAUGUAAUGGUGAACAAGCUGGACAGUGUCUUUUGAACCUGCAUUGCAUAUUUUGAACUGGAUUUUAAAAUGACAUUUGAAUAAGUGCAUCGACAGCAACUUUUUUUUUAUUGUUUAUUUUUAAGGAGUCAAUCACUUGUGAUAAAGUAAUAUGAUUAAGCAAGAUGUGAUACAUUGUUCAUACAUUGCUAAUUGUUGAUAAGGGAGUAGCAGUCAUAAUAGACAAACAUCCAUCUGUAGUGAUGAAGAGCCAGGGUGUGCCUGUGAGUGACACUGACUGUUUUGUCAAUGGGCAUUACAACUUCAUACUCAUGUGCCAUGUUUUCAUUUCAUUAUGUUAUUUAAGGAUUCAGUUGACUGUGUAAUUGUUUAUAAUUACUGCAGCAUAUUGAAUGAAUGGACAAAUUAUUUACUAGUGAACUCCAAAGAAAUUGUUAGAGUAUGUUAGUGUUUGUUCUCCCACUUGUGAAGGACUGGUGUGUGUACAGUUCUGAAGAUAUGUUAAGUUAUUUUUGUUAUUAGUUUUAGUGUAAGAAUUAUGCAUAUCAUUUAGUGUGCUAUUCAGGGAAUUUUCAACAUAUUUAUUUUUAUAGAGUGGUAUCAUAUCAUUUACUUGUUUCUUUCAUAGUCAUGGUUAAUGCCUCUGAACUUUUUUUUUUUUUUUCUCCACAGAAAGGACUGUAGUUUUUUUUAAGUUCUAGUGUAAACACAAACCCAGUAAGAUCAUUGUAUAAUGUUUUGCACUUACUGAAUUCAACAAUUGGAAAUAGUCAUAGUUUAUACACAUGACAGUGUAUGUGAUGCUAUAGGAGGCAACUGCCCACAGAGUUCCUCAUAACUGGUGUAAAAAGUAAGCCUUGUUACACCUUUACCUGUGAUUUGUUGAAAUAAUGCAUCUAGGUGCUCUACAUGGUAUUGUAGUAAUUUGUGGGAAAAAUACAGUUCAAUUAUGGUAAAAUAUACAAAUUUGUUUAAGACUUAUUUGUGAACUUGUGCUCAGUGAAAAACUGCACUGUGUUACCAAUUCAUUGAGUUCUUUAAUGUAAUUGUAGCAAACAGUCCUAGUACAUACUACAUGACUCGCUGUGAUUCGUAAGCGUUUCAAAAUUUGUUCAUGACAAAAUCUACAUGAUGUGAAUUUGUCUGUAUGUCAUUAAUGGUCAGGUUGAAGAAUACUUGAUGUGAUAUAUACCCUAAAAGACACCAUCAUCAUAUAUAUAAAUAAUCAGUGUUUGCCCAGAGUUGAUCUGAAAACUAUUGCACUGUUUGGGAAGCCUAAAACUGUGGUAGAUAGCCAUUACCAGCUGUUAGUCCUGAGAUAUUUAUUUAUCGCAAUUACUGCCAGGUUCAUUGUGUAAAAAUUCACUGCAAAUAAUACAUGUUGAAGGAGUUGUGCCUAUUGUAUGUAGGUGACCUGCUUUUUUUCUAACUAAUCAAAUGUAAUGUUAGAUAUUGAAAAUGUGUGGUGCAAAGAAAAUUGCACUUUGAGUUGGGAAGGUUGGGAGGUGGAUGUGGAGAGGGCAUUGAGGAAUCAUGACAACAGCAGUAGGGAAGUGUUUUAAAUAAGACUGAUAUAUGACUUGACACCUUCAUUAACUGUAGCAGCUGCAUGUUAUCAUAUGUUCUUAAGAAAAAAAAAAAAAAAAGUCUGAUCUUGAACAAGUUAAAGUGACUCAAGGAUGCAAUGCUUGAGAUGUUUGGGGUAUGAAAUUUUAGAAUGGUAGGUUUGAUGAAAAGUUUAAUGAAGAUGUUUAAAUGAAUAGUAGUGUGAUAAAGGAAUUAAAAGUAUUCACAUGGUGGUAAUGAAAGGCACUAAAAAGAAAUUUUAACCACAAAAAUUGGGAAUAAGUAUAUUGGCAAUAUACAACAGCAUGCACUUGUGCUGUGAGAAUCCAACAACCAACUAAUACUGAACACUAACAAAAAAAAAAAAAAAAAAAAAUGGGAAAUUGCUUUAUUUUCUGUUGCGUUACAUACUUUCACUGGAUGUUUUGUAGUGCAGCACUAAGUUUUGAGUUUUAGUAUGGAUUACAUCACUAUGGAUAUCGCUAUGCCAGUACACAUCAGGACAUGUCUCUAGGUACAGACUACUGUGCUCAGAAAUCCACACUACCCCAAGGUGUCAUCAUUGUUCCAUAUUUGUAUAAUUAAUUACCAAGUGUACAACUGCUGCGGUCACAUCAAAAGUUUACAGACAUCUGGUUGCUACAGUCACCACAGGUUAAUCUUUCCUUCCUCUUCCCUUUCAGUGGAGAAGUUGACUGGUGCACUUGUAAAAUUCCUGCCACUUACCCAAAUUUUCAACCACUAUCAGUUAAUUUUGCUCCCAAGCUGGUAAUAUCAAAAAGUAUUAAUCCUUUUGAAAAAAAAAAUUGUAGAAACAAAUUAUGGAUGAACUUACAUAAGAGUUAAAAACUUGACAUUAUCAUUGUUUUUGUAAUGGGAAAAAAAAGCUACUGGAAGGUAACUGGAGAUGUUAAGUAUCAAAAUGUGCAUCAAUUACCUGCUAUACUGAAAAGGUGAUUAGUGGCAAGGCCAUAGCUUCUAGAUCAGCUUAACCUGAAGCAACUAUGAUGAAAAAUGACAGCAUAGUAAUAACCACUUAAUGUUUAUAUUAUUAAUGAAUACAGUCAUUUUCAGUACAUUCUAAAGAGAAAUUUAACACUGACGCAAUGUUUGAAAACACAUGUAAAGGAAACAGUUUUAUAUUUGCGUAAUGAUGAGGUAUUAGUGAUGGUAAGCUCUGGUUAGAUCCACAAGGCAGGCAAUUAAACAAACAGAUUCGACACUGAGCUAAACAAUGUAGUCAGGAGUAAAUGUUACCCAGAGCAAAGGCAGGUGAAAUCACCAUCCUCUCAUAGGAUUUUCACUAUUUUUCAUCUGGUGCUCAUACAAAUAAGCUGAACCAUUUUAUGUAGUAAGCAUUUUUAUGCUUUGUGUGUGUAUAAUUUUAGUACUGCUCACUUUAUGUAUAUUUAUUAUAUUUUCAUUCUAUGUGGAAUUUGGUUGCAUAUAUUCUGUGUGCGUCCUACUUUUUUUGCUUGUAUCAGGCAUUUCCAAAUUAUUUAUAAAUCACACUUACUAAUUAUUCAUUGUGGCAAACUUCAUGACUUAAUGCAUAUUAUCUUUAGUUUGUAUAACUCCUCAUGUUGUGGCACUGAAUAAUAUAAGAAAUGAACAGUGGUUUGGAAGGUUGUAGAUAUUGUGCAUUCCCAAGUAACCAUGUUACAGUUACAUGUCUGCAACUGAAAGGCAUUUAUACAUUAUAUAUAUAUAUAUAUUUUUUCAUUAUUAUUAUUAUUAUUAUUAUUAUUAUUAUUAUUAUUAUUAUUGUUGUUAAGAUAUUUCACUUAAAUCUGCUUACCAACAGUGUAAAUUACAGUUGUAGUAAAACUGCUCUAGUAAUAGCAUUACACUUUUCAUUGUGAGUGAUGAUUAAUUAUUUUUUGAGCUGCUAACCCAGACAGUGUUCUAUUUGCAUUCCUCAUUCCAGAUUUGAUUACAGUAUUCAGCUUUACAUGUCCUUUGUGCUAAUGUACUUUUGCAAAAAAAAAAAAAAAAAAAAAGAAAGAAAUGAAAAAAAAAAAAAAAACAUGGUAGGCAUUUAGGGUCUAAUUUUGAGAUGUUAAUAGACUAGCUUGGCUAUCAAUGGCCUUUUUCUACUGUAGUAAAUGAUAAGUAGCUCCUGUGACAAUAUCCUCUACAGAAAAUAUUUGAUAAAACCUAAAAUAUAAUCUUGGAUGUUAGAUAUUUUGCAGUUUGCAAUAGUCACAUCCACCAUUCUAGUCAAAUGACUUAAUAGCUCCAGAACAAUUGCAGGUGCACAAUCUAUACAUUUAGGAAUUAGUAAAUUAUGCCAGAUUAAACCUUUAGCUUAAUGCAACAUGUUCUUUUGAUUAUCUAAAUGCAUUGCUACUUACACUGUUGGUAUUAUUUUUGUCUAUUUGCAUUCAUUUGCAUAAAAAAAAGUUUCAAACAGUCACAGGCUUGACAUAUAAAGCUUUGGCUUUGUAUUUGUCUUCUGUUUUGUUAUGUGAUGUGCUCACAAUAAAAUGUAAACUUGA